AUGGACAACUUCACCGACAAAUCCAGUGAGAUCAUCAAGGCCUCUUUCGAACGCGCGGAGGAGCAGGGUAAUUCCCAAGUCACCCCUCUCCACCUCAUCGCUGUCCUCUGGGACGACCCUACCCCUUCCGCCUCGGGCGACUCCCAGCCCACCCUCCUAAAAGGCGCUGUCGAGCGCAUCGGCGGCAACCCCACCUUAUUCAACCGCACCCUCCAAUCCAAACUCAACAAGCUCCCCUCCGUACACCCUCCCCCUUCGCCCCCACUCCCUCUCACACAAGCAUACCACAACACCCUCCGCGAAGCCCAGAAAUGUCAAAAGGAGCAAAACGACCAGUAUGUUGCUAUCGACCACCUCAUCAUCGCUCUGCUCCGGGUGGACGCGGCGGAACUCAAGGAGCUCCUCAAGACGGCGGGCGUAGAGUCCAAGGCGCUCGAGGCGGAGAUCAGACGCAAGAGGGGAGGGAGGAAGGUGGAUAGUAAAGGGGCGGAGAGUCAGUUCGAGGCGUUGACCAAGUACUGCACGGAUUUGACGGCGCUGGCGGAGCAGGGGAAGCUGGAUCCUGUUGUUGGGAGGGACAAUGAGAUUAGGAGGGUGAUCAGAUGUCUCAGCAGAAGGACAAAGGGUAAUCCAGUCCUCAUCGGUGAACCCGGUGUCGGAAAGACAGCCAUUGCCGAAGGCCUCGCACAGCGUAUCGUCGACCGCGAUGUCCCCCCAUCCCUCAUCUGUCGACUCCUAUCACUCGACAUGGGCGCGCUCAUGGCCGGUGCCAAGUACAAGGGCGAAUAUGAGGAGAGAAUUAAGGCUGUACUCAGCGAGGUGGAAAAGGCCGGAGACGAAGGGACCCAGAUUAUCCUCUUUGUGGAUGAGCUACAUCUGAUAACAGCCGGAAAAGACUCAGGUGGCGGCAUGGACGCAGCAAAUCUCCUCAAGCCCAUGCUCGCCCGCGGCAAACUCCGGAUCAUCGGUGCAACCACUCUCAACGAGUAUCGGGAGUACAUCGAGAAGGACUCGGCCUUCGAGCGUCGGUUCGCCCAGAUCAUCGUCGAAGAACCGUCCGUCCCCGACACGGUCGCCAUCAUGCGCGGUAUCCGGGAAAAGUACGAAACUCACCAUGGUGUCCGCAUCAUGGACUCUGCGCUCGUCCUUGCCGCGCAGCUGGCCAAGCAGUACCUCACCUCCCGCCGCCUCCCCGACUCGGCCAUAGAUCUCCUGGACGAGGCGUCUUCGGCAGUCAAGAUUGCUCGUGAGACCCGACCGGAGGCGCUGGACGAGCUGGAGCGCAAGAAGCUAGGACUCGAGGUGGAGGUGCAUGCGCUAGAGAGGGAGAAGGACGAGGCGAGCAAGGAGCGCCUCGAGCUCGCCAAGAAGGCGAUUGCGGAUGUGGAGGACCAGCUGGGCCCAAUGAAGCGGGAGUACGAGAAUGAAAAGCAUCUCGGGGACCAGAUCCAUGAUGUCAGGCGGAAGAUUGACGAGUUGAGGGGAAAGGCGGACGAGGCGGAAAGGCGGUACGAUCUCGCUACCGCUGCGGAUAUCCGGUACCACUCUAUCCCGCAGCGGGAGUUGAAGCUCAAGGAGCUGGAGGCCAAGGAGGCGGAGAGGGGUUCGGGGCAGCAAGUCACCCCGGAGAUGAUCGCCGAGGUGGUCGCGAGAUGGACGGGUGUCCCCGUCUCUCGCCUCGUCGAAACGGAGAAGGCGAAACUCCUGCGGCUCGAGAAGCUCCUCUCGAAGCAGGUCAUCGGUCAGCCAGAGGCGGUACGGGCCGUCGCCAACGCUAUUCGGCUCAAUCGGUCAGGUCUCUCGAACCAAAACCGACCCAUCGCAUCGUUCCUCCUGGUCGGACCUUCUGGUACAGGUAAAACUCUCCUCGCCAAGACGCUCGCGGAGGUCAUGUUCAACUCGCCCGACGCCAUGGUCCGGAUCGACGCGUCCGAGUACUCGGAGAAACACUCGGUCUCGCGGCUUAUCGGUGCGGCUCCGGGAUAUAUCGGACACGACCAAGGUGGGCAGCUUACCGAAGCUGUGCGCCGGAAACCCUACACCCUCAUCCUCAUCGACGAGAUUGAAAAGGCUGCUCGGGAGUUCCACCAGCUCUUCCUCCAGGUCCUAGACGACGGCCGGCUCACGGACAACAAGGGUCGGGUCGUCGAUUUCCGAAACACUAUCGUCCUCAUGACUUCCAACACGGGCAGCGCCUACCUUAACGAGAACCCCUCGGAAGGCGCCGUCCUCCCCACUAUCCGCGAGAAGGUCAUGGGCGCCAUCCGAGCUACAUUCCCCCCUGAAUUCCUCAACCGUAUCGAUGACAUUAUCCUCUACCGCUCCCUCUCCCGCUCGGACAUCAAGCGCGUCGUCGACGUCCGUCUCAAGGAGGUGCAGAAGAGGCUGGAUGAUAACGGGCGGAAGAUCAUUCUCAGGGUGGAUGAGGUGGCGCAGGAAUGGCUGGCGUCGGCGGGGUACUCGCCAAUGUACGGAGCGAGGCCGAUGGCGCGGCUUAUCCAGUCGGAGAUUCUCAAUCCGCUGAGUAAGCUGUUGCUCCAGGCGCGCGUGAGGGAUGGGGAGGAUGUGAAGAUCACGGCGGAUCUUAGGAAGAAUAGGCUUGUGGUGAUCCCGAACCACGAGCAGGAUGUCAGCUUGCCGGGAGAUAGCGAGGAUGAGGAUGACAUGAUGGACGUGGAAGUGGACGAGCUGGAUUAG